AUGAUGCGAAAUCAUAUCAUAGCCUUUUCUAUCUGCUUGAUAUCAGUAGCCACUGCAGCUUCAUCAUGGGGUUUCGACGACGCCACUGUCUCAGUACAUCAGAAAGGUGCUGGAGCUGUUGAGCAGAAAGAGAAGUUCACCGCGGGCAAACCGCUCAAGAAUGCCAUUCAAUUGGAGGCUCAAGACACUAUGAAGCUGAUCCUCACGACCAAGGAGGGCAACAAGGCCAAACGAGCGCAUCAGACUUUCCUUCUACUUGAGGAUCCUACGAGCGGGCUGGAGACGUCCUUCCCUUUUCAAGUCAAAGAGAGUGGGAAGGGCAAACUGGAUCUUGUACGAAUACUGAACUCUUUGUGA